GCAAAUGGUCUAAAGUUUAGUGGACACCUUCUUAGAAAUUGUUUCUUACACGUAUUUGUUCAUUUAUAGUGUAUCAAUUUAAUCUACUGUCUAGAUAUUGAAUUCAUAGGUUGGAAGAUAUAGAAGGUUGUAUAUAGUUACCACCUUGCAAGUAUGCAGCAUAUCAUGUAUCGUCUCAUCUACUAGUUAUGUAGGUAUGUCAUGUCAUGUUUUACAGAGUAGAUGGAUUAGCACUUUCUGAAAGUAAUAGGUAUUAUGUUUGUUGUUAUAUCGACCCAAAAUUAUUUUAAGUAAUUCAUUGGGGUGGGAAGUCUAAUUAAGGAAGGUCAUUGCAUGCUCUUCCUAGAGACCAUUGGUUUACCCUUUGUUUGCUGUGUCUCUAUGUGUUACAUUACCUGCAGCUCUAGACCUAGGAUGUGGUUUUACGUGUUUGGCCUUCAUGUCUUCCUUUUUCUCCAGACACCACCCAGACAAGCAAGAGGUCUUGCUCAAAACGACUCAGUAACUGUGACUCCUGCAUUUAUUGCCACUUCAUCACCUACUGAAAUAUCUGCUUUAACUGUGAGACCAACUGUCACAGGAUUGCCCCCGCCACCACCACCUAGUAUUGACCCAACUAAAGCAUCUGCUUCAACUGCAAGACCAACUGUCAUAGGAUUGCCCCCACCACCACCACCUAUUAUUGACCCAACCAAAGCAUCUGCCAUAACUACAAGACCAACUGUCACAGGAUUGCCCCCACCACCACCACCUAUUAUUGACCCAACCAAAGGAUCUACCGUAACUGCAAGACCAACUGUCACGGGAUUAAUAUUGCCCCCGCCACCACCACCUAUUAUUGUACCAACCAAAGCUGCCUCUCCAACUCCAGCGUCAAUAACCUUAGGCUUUGUACCACCACCUCCACCUCCAGCGUUUACACCAAGUGUAGUCACUGCUUCUCCUUCCAUAUCAACUCCUGUAGGUUUUCUACCACCUCCUCCACCCCCAGGCAUUACACUGUCUGUGGAUCAGCCAUUGCCAAUUAAUGUAUUUCCUUUUGGUGCACAAGUUGGACAUGGUAAUCUAUCUCGAACGGAUGAUGACUGCUCAGAAAGACUUGACACUGAUUGUAACUCUGUUCCAGUACUUGGUCAAUUCAUUACUAACUUUUAUGUAUGUGCUAAUGGGAUUAUUACAACAAAUUCAUCCUUUCGUGACUAUACACCAAAGUUAUUUCCUGGAAUUGACAGCUCAAGAGAUCGUUUCUUACUUGCUCCUUUUUGGGUAGACGUUGAUAUUAGAAGGCAAGGACACGUUUGGUAUGGCUCUCAUCGAAAGAAUAAUGAUGGCGAUGUUACAUACAAAGCAGAUAAACUGGUUCAUGAGUUAAGCCCUAACAAUUCUGAUUUCAUGUCAGAAGUUGUCUAUGUUGCAACUUGGGAAAAUGUACAAAACUACCCGGAUGGUUUGUGGUAUACUGAUGAAUAUUCUGGUUUAAUAAAUACCUUCCAAGCAGUACUCAUCACAGACUUUAUCAACACAUUUAUGAUCUACAAUUACAUUGACAUUCAGUUUUCUGGUCGAGACAGUGCUCUAGUGGGAUAUACAACAGGAGAUGGCGUGCAGUUUUUUAAUCAACCUGGCUCACUGACAAAUGCUAUUCGUAACGUCAGUCAAGUCAAAACUGGCAAUUACACAGGGAUGUUAUUCUUCCACCUAGCUUCUGCUUCGAUAGUGCAAGCUACUGCUGACUCUCAAUGCCAGAAAUGGUAUUGUGAAGACAAGACACACAGGUUUAGAGAUCCAUCAUUAUGGUCAUCUCUUCUUGCUCCCUGCCCAUGGACAGCAUCACAUGCUGCAAUGGACAGUCGAUACAUUCAAAGACAGUGUGCUGCUAUGAAAAUGAAACCGGCCUGA